AUGGACGGCCCGUUACCUGACGGCAUCUACUUCUUCCAACAGGACCGCAGCCCCAUCCACAUGGCCAAAUCAAUAGCAUGCUUGUUUGAACAGCUGGGAGGGAUGCUGAUGGAGUGCCCUCCGCAAGGCACCGACAUGAACAUAUGCGAGAAUGUGUGGGGUGCAAUGAAGAAGGCACUUUCACGGCGGCCAAUUGAGCGCGGCUGGCAGUACGAGAUGUGGGUCGCCAUACAAGAGGAGUGGGAGAGCCGAUGGCUAACGGACUUUGCGACCGAUCUCUUCGACAGUCUUCCUCGAAGAAUGGCAGCCGUUGUGGCCGCUGGAAGUGACUUUACUAAGUACUAA